UGUAAAUUGAUCAAUUAACUUUGUAUUUUCAAUCAAAGAUGCAGCAAAUCAAAGUUCUUUGAAAAAAAAUUCUUGAUAUUUUGCUGUGCUUAAUUGAUAAUCAUCAAAGAAUAUAAAUCAGAUUAACAAUAUUGUAUAGUGUUGCCCUUUUUUUCUUUUAAGAUUCAACUAAGUGUUACAAAGUUGAUGUAAAAAUAACAUCUUUCUGGUAGCAUUGUGUCUGGAUGCUUGAAUUUGUUUGUGUGCUAUUGGAACUGUGAAUAUUAUUAUAUCUUUGCUCUUAUAAAUUAUUUUCAUUUGGCGUAUGAGUAUCAUCAUGGCUGGUUGCUUAGACGGAUUGAAACAAUUCUUUGCUGCUGUGGCAAAUUGGUGCAAUACUGAAUUAUCAGGCUCGAAACAGCAGCCUAAAGGUUUAAAAAACCCAGAGCUAAUUGCGAAUGAAACACUGUUUAGCGUAAGUGAGAUUGAAGCGUUGUAUGAACUAUUUAAGAAGAUUAGCAGUGCAGUUGAUGACGAUGGACUCAUUACUAAGGAAGAAUUCCAGUUGUCUUUGUUCAAGGCUAGCAACAAGCGGAGUUUAUUUGCAGAGAGGGUGUUUGACUUGUUUGACACACACCACCAUGGAGUACUUGAUUUCAAAGAGUUUGCAUCUGCUUUGUCUGUUUUUCAUCCGAUUGCAUCAAUGGAUGAUAAGAUUGAUUUUUUGUUCAGAUUGUAUGAUCUGAAACAGCAGGGACACAUUGAGAGACAAGAGUUGAGACAAAUGGUGGUGGCUACUUUAACUGAAUCUGGCAUGAAUCUUUCAGAUGCUAUGAUUAAUGGCAUCAUUGACAAGACAUUUGAUGAAGUGGACACAAAUGAUGAUGGGAAGAUUGACAAAGAAGAAUGGCGCGACCUUGUGAUGCAGCAUCCAUCCCUUCUCAAGAAUAUGACUCUUCACUAUCUUACAGAAAUCACAACUACAUUUCCAAGCUUCAUAUUUCACUCUACAGUUGAUGAUAGUUGAAGCAACUGAAUCAUAUAUGCCAGAUUGAAUUUUCAUGGCUGCUUUUGAGUUCUGCAAAAUGAUUUGGUUAAGAUGGUUAUGAACUUUGUUUAUAUUUUCAUGUGACAGAAUUUUGCUUUGCCUUUUAUGAGUAGGCAAGGUUUGUCAAUUAAAUAAAGUGGAUUUGAGUAAUUUCCACCUAGAACAUUCAAGUGGUUCAGAAUUGGCUGCAUGGUUUUUGUUGGAUAUAAAUCUAUUUGACAUUAUGGUUUGAAUGAUUCGAGUAAUCUUUUCUUGGUAAAUAUGUUAUUAGUGGGAAGUAUUUUGUCGA